GGAUCCCGACGCUUUUCUGAGCGCAGCCCUGUAUCGAAGUUCCCGCACGUGGGAGGCCCGGCCAGACCUUGAGCGCGAUGCUGCGCGCGCCCGGUUGCCGAGCCGUGCGCUCUCUGUUGCGCAGCCAAUACCGCGAGGUCCUGCCGCUGGCAAUCUUCUUGCGGCGCCUGGGGCUUGAGGGCAGUAAACUUGUACAACCCGGGGACCCAAAGGCCUUCUGCACGUUGGUGGCCCACUGCCUAGUGUGUGUGCCCUGGGGCUCGCAGCCUCCACCUGCUGGCCUUUCCUUCCACCAGGUGUCAUCCCUGAAGGAGCUGGUGGCCAGAGUCGUGCAGAGACUCUGCGUGAAAGGCGAGAGGAACGUGCUGGCUUUUGGCUUCGCACUGCUUAACGGGCCCCAAGGCGGGCCUCCCAUGGCCUUCACAACCAGCGUGCGCAGCUACUUGCCCAACUCGGUGACUGAUAGUCUGCGCGUCAGUAGUGCAUGGAUGCUUCUGUUGAGCCGAGUGGGCAACGACCUACUGGUCUACCUGCUGGCGCGCUGUGCGCUCUACCUGCUGGUGGCCCCGAGCUGUGCCUAUCAGGUGUGCGGCCCACCUCUGUACCAAAUAUGUGCCACUGCGAAUACCAGGCUCGCUGUGCCCCUCAGCUACAGGCCCACACGACCAGUGGGUAGGAAUUUUACUAAUUUUGGAUCCACACACCAGGUCAGGAACAGCAGUCACCAAGAAUCAUGGAAACCCCUGCUCUUGCCAUCUCGAGGUGCGAAACGGCAUCUCAGCAUCACCGAUAAAAGUGUGCCUUCAUCUAAGAAGGUCAGGCGUGAUCUGGCCCUGAGACUGGAGAAGGGACCCGGCAGGCAGGCAGUUCCAACCCCAUCAGACCCAAGUCCUGCCGAGACCCCCACGGUGCCUACUAGUAUAGCUACCAAGGAAGACUUGUCUUCCAGAGGAAAGGCGCCUGGCUUGAGUCUCUCUGGGUCAAUGUGCUCUAAGCACAAGCCCAGUUCCACAUCCCUGCAGUCACCACUAGGCCAAGAAGCCUUUCAGCUCAGACCAUUUACUGAGACCAAACGCUUCCUCUACUCCAGGGGAGGUGACCGAGAGAGGCUGCACCCCUCGUUUCUACUCAACAACCUCCAGCCUAGCUUGACUGGGGCCAGGAGACUGGUGGAGAUCAUCUUUCUAGGUGUGAGGCCUGGACCACUCUGUGGGACACGCCGCCUCUCAAGGCGUUAUUGGCAGAUGCGGCCCUUAUUCCAGCAGCUGCUUGUGAACCAUGCAAGGUGCUCCUAUGUCAAACUCCUCAGGUCACAUUGUAGGUUUCGGGCAGCAACCGACCAGGUGGCAGAUGCCUUGGACACCAGCCCAUCGCACCUCGUUGAUUUGCUCCGCCUACACAACAGUCCCUGGCAGGUAUAUGGUUUUCUGCGGGCCUGUAUCCGAAAGCUGGUGCCUUCAGGUCUCUGGGGUACCAGGCACAACGAGCGCCGCUUUUUUAAGAACGUGAAGCAGUUCAUCUCCUUGGGGAAGUAUGGCAAGCUCUCACUGCAGGAGCUGAUGUGGAAGAUGAAAGUAGAGGACUGCCUCUGGCUUCGCAGCAGUCCAGGAAAGAACCGUGUCCCAGCUGAAGAGCACCGUAUGAGGGAAAGGAUCCUGGCUAUGUUCCUGUUCUGGCUGAUGGACACAUACGUGGUAGAGCUGCUUAGGUCAUUCUUUUACAUCACAGAGACCACAUUCCAGAAGAACCAGCUCUUCUUCUACCGUAAGAGUGUGUGGAGCAAGCUGCAGAGCAUUGGAGUCAGGCAACACCUUGAGAGAGUACAGCUGCGGGAGCUAUCGCCAGAGGAGGUCAGGCGGCACCGCGAGGCCUGGCCAGCCAUGCCCAUCUGCAGACUGCGUUUCAUCCCCAAGCCCAAUGGUCUCCGGCCCAUUGUGAACAUGAGUUUUAGCAUGGGCACCAGAGCCUUUGGCAAAGAGAAGCAGGCCCGGCAUUUCAACAAACGUCUCAAGACUCUGUUCAGCGUGCUCAACUAUGAAGGGAAAAAACAUCCUAACCUUCUGGGUGCUUCUGUACUGGGCUUGAAUGACAUCUACAGGACGUGGCGGACAUUCGUGCUGCGUGUGCGCACUCUGGACCCGGCACCCAGGCUGUACUUUGUUAAGGCAGAUGUGACUGGGGCAUAUGAUGCCAUCCCCCAGGACAAGCUUGUGGAGGUUGUAGCGAAUAUGAUCAGACGCUCAGAGAACACGUACUAUAUCCGCCAGUAUGCAGUGGUCCAAAAAGAUUGCCAAGGCCAAGUCUACAAGUCCUUUAGGAAACAGGUGUCCACCCUCUCUGACCUCCAGCCAUACAUGGGCCAGUUCGUGAAGCACCUACAGGGCUCGGAUGGCAGUGUGCUGCAAAACUCCAUUGUCAUUGAGCAGAGCUUCUCUUUGAACGAGACCAGCAGCAGCCUGUUUGACUUCUUCCUGCACUUUAUGCGUAACAAUGUCAUGAAGAUUGAUGGCAAGUGCUAUGCCCAGUGCCAGGGCAUCCCCCAGGGCUUCAGCCUGUCCACCCUGCUCUGCAGUCUGUGUUUUGGAGACAUGGAGAACAAGCUGUUUGCCGAGGUGCAGCAGGAUGGGCUGCUUUUACGUCUUGUUGAUGACUUUCUGUUGGUGACACCUCACCUGGACCAAGCAAAAUCCUUCAUUAGGGCCCUGGUCCAUGGCAUUCCUGAGUACGGCUGCAUGGUAAACUUGCAGAAGACAGUGGUGAACUUCCCUGUGGACAGUGGUGCCCUGGAUGGUGCAGCUCCACACCAGCUGCCUGCCCACUGCCUGUUUCCCUGGUGUGGCUUACUGCUGGACACUCAGACUCUGGAGGUGUUCUGUGACUACUCUGGUUACUCCCGGACCUCAAUUAAGGCCAGCCUCAACUUCCAGCGUGUCUCCAAGGCUGGGAGGAAAAUGCGACAGAAGCUCUUAGCUCUUUUGCGGUUGAAGUGUCACAGUCUGUUUCUAGACUUGCAGGUGAACAGCCUCCAGACAGUCUGCAUCAACGUGUACAAGAUCUUCCUGCUUCAGGCCUACAGGUUCCAUGCAUGUGUGCUUCAGCUCCCCUUUGACCAGCAUGUUAGGAAGAACCCCGCAUUCUUCCUGGACAUCAUAUUCAGAACAGCAUCCUGCUGCUACUCCAUCCUGAAGGUCAAGAAUGCAGGAAUGACACUAAGGAUCAAGGGAGCCUCUGGCUUAUUUCCUCCUGAAGCUGCUCGUUGGCUCUGCUACCGAGCUUUCCUGCGCAAGCUGGCUGGUCAUUCUGUCAUCUACAAGCGUCUCCUGGGAACUCUCAGGACAACUCAAAAACAGCUGGGCCGGAAGCUCCCAAGGACCACAAUGGCCAUCCUUAAGGCUGCAGCUGACCCAGCCCUAAGCUCAGACUUUCAGACCAUUUUGGACUAACCCUGUCCCCUUCAGCUGGAUGAACAUGGGCAUUGUAGCCCCACCACUCCUGGAUCCAUGCCACAAGAGGGACCAGCCUGUUGUGGGGCUAGGUUGCCCUCCAAAACCUCUGUGUCGUGGGUGGCGUGGGUGGUAGUAUGGAAGUUUGUCCCAGUGCCCUGUUUCCUGUGGUGGGCUUAUUUCCUUCCUGAUGCCCUCCAGGAAGCAGAUCCCACCCCUUUUAGUGUCAAGGAUCCACUAGUCACCAACACCAAAAGGAGGCAGAAGGACAUAUGGGCACUGGGACCAUGUGGACAGGUGUGAGAUGCCUGGCCCUGGUGUCUUUUCAUAUCUAACCAUGGAGUCUUUUCCAGUGGGGUCAGAGUGUCUCAGAGAUGAAGACAGGACUUUGAACCAGUAAUCUAAAUUACAGCCUAAAUAUACUCUGAAUUCAGGUGACUGAAUGUCUUGUUACUUUUGUUGUUGUUGUUAUUUUAGCUUUUGCUGUCCUGGAACUCGCUCUCUAGACCAGGCUGGCCUUGAACUCACAGAGAUCCACCUGCUUCUGCCUCCCAAGUGCUGGGAUUAAAGGCAUGUGCCACCACUACCUAGCUGUCUUGUUACUUUUCCAUUGUUGUGAUAAAACAACAUGACCAAGACAAUUUUUUUAAAAAGGCGUUUAUUUGGGGCUUACAGUUUUAAAGGGUUAGAAUCUAUGAUCAUGGUAGGGAGCAUGGCAGCAAAUCGGCAGGCAUGGUGUCUUUUCACACCUAACCAUGGAAUCUUUUCCAAUGGGCCAAUGGAGUCAGAGUGUCUCAGAAAUGAAAACAGGACUUUGGGCUGGUAUGGUGGUUUGAAUAGGUAUGGUCCCCAUGGACUCAUGUAUUUAAAUGUUUGACCCUUGGGGAAUGGCACUAUUAGAAGGUGUGGCCUUGUUGGAGGAAGUGUGUCACUAUUGGGACUGGCUUUGGAGGUCUCAUAUGUGCUCAAGCUAUGCCCAACACAUGGACAACUUCUGUAGCUGUGGAUCCAGAUGUAGAACUCUCAGCUCCUCCAGCACCAUGUCUGCCUGUACACCACCAUGUCCCACAAUGAUGAUAAUAGACUAAACCUCCUCUGAAACUAUAAGCCAAGCCAUUCCCAGUUGAAUGUUUUUCUUUAUAAGACCUGCCGUGGUUGUGGUGUCUCUUUACAUCAAUAGAAACCCUAACUGGGACAGCCAGGAACCUAAAUCACAUCCAGGUCUCAGUUACCUUUCUGUGGCUGUGAUAAAACACCAUGACCAAGGCAACUUACGUAAGCAGAGUUUUUUAAUUGGAGCAGUAGCUGAGAGUUUACAUCUUGAUGCACAAGCACAAAGCAAAGAGAGCUAACUGGGAAAUUCUGUUUUUAUUUUAUUUUUUACAAUAUUCUCAGAGUCCACUUUAGUUUUCAGUGGUAGUCUGACAAAUACUUAAGAAAGUGGUGAACGCUGAAAUCAUGCAGUGAAGUCAAAGGGAUCACACGGGGACAUUUCGUAAGUUCUCGAAGCUGAUAUUCCUUGGCAGCAUUUGAGUCAAAUAAUCAUGGUGGUUAUCUACUGAGAUCAUUGUGAAGGUAAAAAGGGUGACAUAUAGUAUUGAACCAGGCAGGAGUCAUGUGCAAAUAAAAGAGUAAAUCGUGAAA